AUGGCCCAGUGCGGGAAAAGGUUCAAUCGGAGCUCUACCCUUAUUAGACAUCAGAGAAUCCACACAGGGGAGCUGCCCUACACAUGCACUGAGUGCGGGAAAAGCUUUGGGCAGAGCUCUCACCUUAUCACACAUCAGAGAAUCCACACCAGGGAGAUGCCCUACACGUGCUCUGAGUGCGGGAAAAGCUUCAGUUACAGCUCAGUCCUGAGCACACACAGGAGAAUUCACGCAGGGGAGACGCCCUACACGUGCUCUGAGUGUGGGAAAAGCUUCAGGCAGAGCUCUCACCUUAUCAGACAUGAGAGAAUCCACACGGGGGAGACGCCCUACACGUGCUCUGAUUGCGGGAAAAGCUUCAUUUCGAGCUCUCACCUUAUCGCACAUCGGAGAAUCCACACAGGGGAGACGCCCUACACAUGCCACGAGUGCGGGAAAAGCUUCAGUCGGCGCUCAAGCCUUAUCAGACAUCAGAGAAUCCACACAGGGGAGACGCCCUACACGUGCGCUGAGUGCGGGAAAAGCUUCAAUCUGCGCUCACACCUUAUCAGACAUCAGAGAAUCCACACAGGAGAGACGCCCUACACGUGCGCUGAGUGCGGGAAAAGCUUCAGUCAGCGCUCACACCUUAUCAGACAUCAGAGAAUCCACACAGGAGAGACGCCCUACACCUGCGCUGAGUGCGGGAAAAGCUUCAAUCUGCGCUCAAACCUUAUCAGACAUCAGAGAAUCCACACAGGAGAGCAGCCCUACACGUGCGCUGAGUGCGGGAAAAGCUUCAGUCUGCGCUCAAUCCUUAUCACACAUCAGAGAAUCCACACAGGGGAGACGCCCUACACGUGCUCUGAGUGCGGGAAAAGCUUCAGUCAGCGCUCACACCUUACCACACACCGGAGAAUCCACACAGGGGAGACGCCCUACACGUGCUCUGAGUGUGGGAAAAGCUUCAGUUGGUGCUCAAGCCUUGUCACACACCAGAGAAUCCACACAGGGGAGACGCCCUACACGUGCUCUGAGUGCGGGAAAAGCUUCAGUCAGCGCUCACACCUUAUCACACAACAGAGAAUCCACACAGGGGACACGCCCUACACAUGCUCUGAGAGCGGGAAAAGCUUCAGUCGGCGCUCAAACCUUAUCACACAUCAGAGAACCCACACAGGGGAGAAGCCCUACACGUGCGCUGAGUGCGGGAAAAGCUUCAGUCUGCGCUCACACCUUAUCACACAUCAGAGAAUCCACACAGGGGAGCUGCCCUACACGUGCUCUGAGUGCGGGAAAAGCUUCAAUCGGCGCUCACACCUUAUCACGCAUCAGAGAAUCCACACAGGGGAGCUGCCCUACACGUGCUCUGAGUGCGGGAAAAGCUUCAAUCAGCGCUCAAGUCUUAUUAGACAUCAGAUAAUCCACACAGGGGAGAAACCCUACACGUGCUCUGAGUGCGGGAAAAGCUUCAAUCGGCGCUCACACCUUUUCAGACAUCAGAGAAUCCACACAGGAGGGAUGCCGUACACAUGCGCUGAGUGCAGGAAAAGCUUCAAUCAGCGCUCAAUCCUUAUCAGACAUCAGAGAAUCCACACAGGGGAGCUGCCCUACACAUGCUCUGAGUGUGGGAAAAGCUUCAGUCUGCGCUUACGCCUUAUCACGCAUCAGAGAAUCCACACAGGGGAGAAUCCCUUCACGUGCUCUGAGUGUGGGAAAAGCUUCAAUCGGCGCUCACACCUUAUCACGCAUCAGAGAAUCCACACAGGGGAGAAGCCCUACACAUGUUCUGAGUGUGGGAAAAGCUUCAAUCAGUGCUCAAUCCUUAUCACACAUCAGAGAAUCCACACAGGAGAGAAGCCCUACACAUGCACUGAGUGCGGGAAAAGCUUCAGUCACCGCUCUUCCCUUAUCACACAUCAGAGAAUCCACACAGGAGAGAAGCCCUACACGUGCGCUGAGUGCGGGAAAAGCUUCAGUCAGCGCUCAACCCUUAUCACACAUCAGAGAAUCCACACAUGA